AUGGCCCCCAAGAAGCCUGAACCAAAAAAGGAUGCCCCUAAGCCGGCAGCUGCACCUGAACCCCCUGCCCCAGAGCCCCCAAAGGAGAUUCUCUUUGACCCCAAGAGUAUCACGAUCGAGUACUCCUCUGACCAGAUUGAAGAAUUCAAAGAGGCCUUCCAGCUGUUUGAUCGUACCCCCACAGGAGAGAUGAAGAUCACACUAUGGACAAUGCGGAGAUGUACUAAGGGCUCUGGGACAGAAUCCCACCAAUGCAGAGGUGAUGAAGGUCUUGGGAAGACCCAAAACAGAGGAAUUAAAUACCAAACUCUUGGACUUUGAUACCUUCCUUCCAAUGCUCCAGCACAUCUCCAAAAGUAAAGACCAGGGAUCUUUUGAGGACUUUGUGGAAGGACUUCGUGUCUUUGACAAAGAGAGCAAUGGCACUGUAAUGGGAGCAGAAUUGCGUCACGUUUUGGCCACUUUGGGUGAGAAGCUACAAGAGAGUGAAGUGGAGCAGCUCCUAGCAGGGCAAGAAGAUGCCAACGGCUGCAUCAACUAUGAAGCUUUCAUUAAGCACAUCAUGUCAGGAUGA